CAUGAUCCUUGAGGUCCCUUCCAACCCUGGCCAUUCUGUGAUUCUGUAGCACAGCCAACUGUAGAUUUGGUUAUGCCAGUCAUCAGCCCGAGUACUCCUCAUUUGAGCCAGGGUAACUGUGUAACUGCUUAGUUCAUCGCAGCUACACUGUAAAACUUGAUGUAAAUGUUUAACUGCUGCAUUGGAUCUUGCAGCAGAGGAAGAAGGUUGACAUGAUCAGUUCUGUGCGGUGGUGACUUAGAAGCUGUUGUAUCUCAAUCACCAUUUUACGCUUCAGACAUUUAAAUGAUCUGACCCACUAACUUGAUGCAGUGAUUUCAGAACCUAGUCUGGUGCAUGCAGAUUUACCUUUCUGGAUGUGCGUCCUGUAGAAACGAGCUGUUGCAGCAUCAUUGGCCAGAUGAGUUCAGUAUCCAAAAGCAGCUAUGUGCGGGUAUGUUGUGCAUCCAGGACUACUAGUAGCAAAAACCAGGCUGGCAAUACCUGAAGACUUUCUCCUGUUUUAAUUCUUAGCGUAUUAAGAAAUUGCUUUGUGUAGGAGGUGAGAAAAGCUAGCUGGGCUAAUAAGUGAUGAUUUAAAUAAAAAGAAAGGUAUAGCAUGCACGGGUACAGUUAUGUAAGAGGAGCUGAGAAGGAAAUAGAACAGUUUCUCAGAGAGCCUAAACUGAAGAAUUGCUGGGGAACUGGGCUGCAGGAUAGCUUUCAACACACCCUCUAGUUCCUUUUUUCCUUUUUGGGGCUGGAGAGUGAUGAAUUUAUGGCAUGACAAGCAGGAUGCAGGCGGUGACUUCAGCCAAUGGUGCGCAGCGCGGUGGUGUUUACCUAGCUGACGUAAGGCAGGGCCAGCCCCUGUUUAGUCAGAAUGCGUUACCCACUGCCGAAGUAAAAGCACACAGCAGAGGCACUCAGUCUGGCAGUUGCUGGGAUUUAAGUUGGUGGAUUUUGUCUGUCUUUUAAACAAGAUACAAGAUUUUUUUUCUCCUCCACGGAGUAGAAAUCUUGAAGGAACAGAAAAAUACUGGAAAUAAUGAAAAAAGUGUGCCACAACUCUUGAUCAGUGACCUGAAGUUUGAGAAGAAGUCACUAGCUAAGCUCAUGUUUUCUCCUGAUCAAGAAAAUCAUCCAUCAAAAGCACCGGUGAAGUAUGGUGAAUUGAUCGUAUUGGGGUACAAUGGGUCACUCCCAAAUGGAGAUAGAGGAAGAAGAAAAAGUAGAUUUGCUUUAUUUAAAAGGCCCAAAGCAAACGGGGUGAAACCUAGCACUGUGCAUAUUGCCUGUACCCCUCAAGCAGCAAAGGCAAUAAGCAAUAAGGACCAACACAGCAUAUCUUACACUUUGUCUCGGGCCCAGACAGUGGUAGUUGAAUAUACCCAUGACAGCAACACAGAUAUGUUCCAGAUUGGUAGAUCAACAGAGAGCCCUAUAGACUUUGUUGUGACAGAUACAGUUCCUGGAAGUCAGAGUAAUUCAGAUACGCAAUCUGUGCAAAGCACGAUAUCAAGAUUUGCCUGCAGAAUCAUAUGUGAACGUAACCCUCCUUUUACAGCAAGAAUAUAUGCUGCAGGAUUUGACUCCUCAAAGAACAUCUUUCUUGGGGAGAAGGCUGCAAAGUGGAAGACAUCAGAUGGGCAAAUGGAUGGACUAACCACAAAUGGAGUUCUUGUUAUGCACCCUCGUAAUGGAUUUACAGAAGACUCCAAGCCAGGAGUAUGGAGAGAGAUAUCUGUGUGUGGGAAUGUGUUCAGCCUCCGUGAAACCAGAUCAGCUCAACAGAGGGGGAAAAUGGUUGAAAAUGAAACCAACCAGCUGCAGGAUGGCUCUCUGAUUGACCUGUGUGGAGCAACGUUGCUGUGGCGCACUGCAGAAGGGCUUUCACGCACUCCCACUGUCAAGCACCUGGAGGCGUUGAGACAGGAGAUCAAUGCGGCGAGGCCCCAGUGUCCGGUGGGCUUUAACACCUUGGCAUUUCCCAGCAUGAAGAGAAAAGAUGUUGUAGACGAAAAGCAGCCGUGGGUGUACCUGAACUGUGGCCACGUCCAUGGCUAUCACAACUGGGGAAAUAAAGAGGAGAGAGACGGCAAGGAUCGAGAGUGUCCCAUGUGCCGCUCUGUCGGCCCUUACGUGCCUCUGUGGCUUGGAUGUGAAGCGGGAUUUUACGUGGAUGCGGGACCUCCAACUCACGCGUUCAGCCCAUGCGGCCACGUGUGCUCAGAAAAGACAACUGCUUAUUGGUCCCAAAUCCCUCUUCCUCAUGGUACUCACACUUUUCAUGCAGCCUGUCCCUUCUGUGCGCAUCAGCUGGCUGGUGAGCAAGGUUACAUCAGACUCAUUUUCCAAGGACCUCUUGACUAACACACGUAUAACCAAGGACUGCAGUAAACCAAUAAGCUAAGCGAUUCUGAUUUUUAAAUCAACUGUUUUUCGUAUUCUCUGGGCUUUGCUGGUUUGCAUUAAGAUGAAGAAUUUUGUUUCUUUUGUUAUGACAGCUAAAUCCCUCUCUAUUGAGAAAGGUCUGCAAAUGGAAGAAACAGGGGUAAGAGAGAAGUCCUGCUUGUUUAGUUAAUGACUGCUUCUUGAAGAGGUGAAGGAAGUAUUGCGGAGAGAAUUUGAAAUGCCUUUUGUUUAAUGGUUUUGAAUCAUAUGCCCCCACAGUAUUUGAAAUUUGUUUCCAUUCUUUUUGUAUAUGGAGGGUAAAUAGUUCAAAAAGCAGUAGUUUACAGCUUGGAUGCAAACAUUGUAAAAUAUAACGUGUAUAUUAACUCUUUUCUAUUUAUCUUUAUUAUUGAAAGUGCAUAGAAUGCGUAGAGUAGCAUGGUCAUAGUGAGUUACAUCCAGCAAUUGGAUGUGUAGAAUAGUUCUGGAUGGAGAAGGAGGUGAGAUGGAAAUGGUAGAAAACUCUUUUUUAAUCUGCAGUACUGAGUUCUUAGAAUAGUUAAAAUACUUUUUGAACAAAGCUAAUGCAAUUUAUGAUGGCGUCAAGAUGUGCUUUAACCAUGUGAAAGGUAGCUGAGAACGACUUCUUAAAACGUCUUUUUGGUAGGACUGUACUUAAGAUCUGGUUAUGAGAAAAAUAUUUACCAGACUCUUUGAAUAUGCAACUUAGUCUAGAUUAAGGAUUUUUUCCUCCCUUCAUGCUAACAUGUCUUUAUUUAGCAUUAGUGACAUUUCUGAGGGGUUUUUCCAAUGUUAAACUUUAACAAACCUGAAAGAUCAGGCUCAUUUUGUUUCUUGCUGUUUGGGGAGGUGAGAAGUGCAUGUGCCCACGCCACAUGUGAUGUGGGGAGCAGUUUGUGAGUGGGCCACAGUGUCUGCUUGAGAAAGGCUUUGUCAGUCACAUCUUCUGCCUUUUGUCUGGCUCCUUGCAGCUGUGCAUGUGGGAGCCACCGGUGUCAUGUGGCUUGCCUAUAUGCUGCUCUGAGGAGUUGGGUGCAGGUACUCAUCUAGGCCACAUGUGGAACAAAAGAGAAGCCUGGUACCUGCUGGUUGUGUGCUGCAUCCUGGCAUCUUUGUGCACUUGACCCAAUCUGUUAGGGAAGAGCUUGCACUGGGACUGGCCUCAUAGACUUUGGUGUGGGAAGACUGCAUAGGAUCUGUGGUGGGCUCUAGGUUGUGGUCUCUGUGCUCUCGUUACCCUAACCCUCAUUUCCAUUCUGUAUACGCCAGGAAAGGCCAGUGCACUACAUCCAGCUUUGCUGCUAACCCACCAUGUUUAAUGGCAAAUACAAAAACUGACUUUUUUUUAGGCCAACCUUUUGUUGUUUUUUUCAUAUGUACUGUAUAAUUGACGGUAGCAAAUCUCCAUACUUUAUACCUUGCUUUAAUUUUCCCUUUCAAAGCUGUUCUAAACUUUUUGGUUUAAAAAGAGAUGUAUGUUGCUUAGAUGUCAUGAAAUAUUUGCUUUCGACUGUCAAUUGUUUCUUCAUUUUUUAAAAAGAAAUUAUAUAUAUUGUUUGGUUCACUCAGGAAAUGCAUGUGUCAGGAAACUUGUAUUAUAAGUUCAGUUAGUUGUCAUGUACAAGUAACUGCUGUUACUCCCUUUUCAUAGAAAUAUAACUGAUUUUGACAUUUUCCAGAUUAUAUGCAUUAAGUAAUGAAACUUAUGCAGCAAGAAACCCCCUGUAUUGUAGUUGUUCUAAUCAUUUUAUUCAAACUAUGUUAUACUGUAGUUUAAUUUUUAUUUGCAAAUUAAUUUAUUCAAACUAUGUGAGUAAACUCUUUUCAAAAAUAGA